AUUGACUAUACAGGAACAGAGCCUUCUAGUCCCUGCAACAAGUGUCUAAACGUGUCCUGGGACAGCGCACCGCCUUGUACUUGCACCAUCAAUUUCACACUGGAACAUUCAUUUGAGAGCAACGUAUUCAUGUAUUAUGGACUUUCCAACUUCUAUCAAAACCAUCGUCGCUAUGUGAAGUCUCGAGAUGACAGCCAGCUAAACGGAGAUAACAGUUCACUACUUAAUCCAAGUAAGGAAUGUGAGCCUUACCGCACAAAUGAGGACAAACCCAUUGCUCCUUGUGGAGCUAUUGCCAACAGUAUGUUUAACGAUACACUGGAAUUAUACCGCAUUGAUAACGACACAAGGACUCCUAUUACUUUGAUUAAAAAAGGAAUUGCGUGGUGGACAGAUAAGAAUGUAAAGUUCAGGAACCCUACAGGAGAUGGAAAUAACUUAACUGCACUUUUUCAAGGCACAACAAAGCCCGUCAACUGGCCCAAGCCAGUGUAUAUGCUGGACUCGGAGCCUGACAACAACGGCUUCAUCAAUGAAGACUUCAUUGUGUGGAUGCGUACUGCUGCUCUGCCCACGUUUCGCAAGCUGUAUCGUCUCAUCGAAAGGAAGAAUAAUUUACAGCCUACCUUACAGGCUGGAAAAUAUUCUUUGGAUAUCGCAUACAAUUAUCCUGUACACAGUUUCGAUGGACGAAAAAGAAUGAUCCUAAGCACCAUCUCGUGGAUGGGAGGCAAAAAUCCCUUUCUGGGAAUCGCUUACAUCACUGUUGGGUCCAUAUGCUUCUUCUUAGGAGUUGUAUUGCUGAUCAUCCAUCACAAAUAUGGAAAUCGAAACACUAGUGCAGACAUUCCCAAUUAAUCCCGUGUUCUGAAAACAAAUGUACUGCAUGUGCAUCAAGGCCAGUCCAGGGUGGUCCCAGUCUUGGAGAGAUAGGUCUCUGCUUCUGUCACUUCUGAGACUGGGUCCAUUAUUUUUAUCUAAAGCUCCCCUUUCCCAUACUGUGGAUUAACUCCUGGAACUGACGGGUAUACAAUUAGCUAUAUUGAUUGUAUCUCUGCCUGUGUCAGAAACAAUUUCUCUGGUAUUUGCCUCUAACUGGGCAGGCCACACGAUGCAUAUAUAUAUAUAUAGCUCCUGACCCCUUGAUGCAUCUGCUGCUUGUUCACGUGCUGUGUAAUGUCCGUGUGAUUCAGUACAUAGAGGUUGUGUGGAGAAAGACUGCUCUAAGAUAC